AUUACAGAGAGGUGGUGCGGUGUGUUGUGAAGUCCUGAAAUAGGUAGUUGUGUAUAUAUAAAUGGCGGCUGACGAAAAAUGGUACUUUACAAAAGAACAAUUAGCAAGUACACCAUCGAGGCGAAACGGAAUAGACGCUGAUAAGGAGUUGAGUUACAGACAGCAGGCAGCUAAUUUUAUCCAGGACAUGGGACAGAGGCUCGUCGUUACACAACUAUGUAUAAAUACAGCAAUAGUGUAUAUGCACCGGUUCUACGUGUUUCAUUCGCUAGCGCAAUUCCACAGAAAUGCAAUUGCAGCAGCAUCCCUGUUUCUCGCUGCCAAAGUCGAGGAACAACCACGAAAAUUGGAGCAUGUUAUCAAGGUUGCACACAUGUGUCUUCACAAAGACCAGAAUACACCAGACACCAAAUCUGAUCAUUAUCUUGAGCAGGCCCAGGAUUUGGUGUUUAACGAAAAUGUCCUGCUUCAAACUCUGGGCUUCGACGUUGCCAUUGAUCAUCCACAUACUCAUGUUGUCAGAUGUUGUCAGUUAGUUAAAGCGAGCAAGGACUUAGCCCAGACUUCAUACUUCAUGGCGUCAAACAGUUUACAUCUUACGACCAUGUGCCUGCAGUAUAAACCGACAGUGGUUGCCUGUUUUUGCAUCCAUUUGGCCUGCAAGUGGUCAAAUUGGGAGAUACCCCAGAGUAACGAAGGAAAGCACUGGUUUUGGUAUGUCGACCGCACCGUAACCUCCGAACUCCUGCAACAACUAACCGUCGAGUUUCUCCACAUCUUUGACAGAUGCCCCUCUCGUCUUAAGAAGAAGAUAAUGUCAAUGUCGGAGAAGCAGAGUCCCACAAUGCAUCACCCAAGUCUCCCGAACUCACCCUUCGACGUGGAGCCCCGCAAAGUCAACUCCCCCGCCCCAGACGGAGGUCCAACCUUCCAAUCAGCUCGUCCCUUUCCACAGGAGAAGGAUGACACAAAGCCCUCGACGUCUCGCCCCCAGCUCGACCGAGAGUACCGCGAGAAAAAGGAACGUGAACGUCUGGAACGAGAAAAACUCGGCAACUCACUGGUGCCCCACGAUCCCCAGAAGCACCAUCACCAACAUCACCACAAGCCACCCCAGAACCUCCUCCCAAAGCAUCCUCAGCCCGCAAAACCUCUCCACCACAAUCAUCACCAUAGGCCAGACCCUAAACUCCCUCUACCCCCUCAACGUCACUCCCAAUCUCGUCAGCGACCCCCAGCUCUCCCCCAUACCUCCCAAAAUCCCCCCCCUCCAACCACUCCUCAACCCCAAUACCAGAAGGAUUCAAAUCUGGUGGUGAAUCCUCCAGACCACCAGGAUCUGGAAAAAUCCCAGAACAAUCAUCUCCAUCGUCGCUACAACGAUCCUCGCCACAAGCUUCUUGAACACAGAAAAGAGGAGCCAAAGCCCUAUAGUUCACAAAUUCGUCAACGAAAGCCAGACUCCCUGGAGCAGAGAUCGGAGGAAGUGAGGAAGCUGAUCGAGAAGCCCCUGCCUCCCCUGAAACCCAGACAGGAACUCACAAAGGAGGAUUACAUAGCUACGAUGAUGAAACAGUCCCAUCAUCCCUCAAAAUAUCAGGAUAAACCACUUGUUCAUAAUUCUGGACGAAAUAUUCAGCCCCACGAGUUUCACAAGACACCUGGAGCAGUAGCUCCCUUAAAACCCCAAGUGAACCCGACAAACCUGCAGAAUCCUCAGAAGGACCAGAAGAACGGUAUCGAGGAGGCAAAACCUGGCGAGAAGCGAUUGAAACCAGAGGAAGUUGUCCCCAAACACAAGUCUCUGUUCAGUCCUGAGAAGGUACCACGAGAGAACGUCUCCAGGUCGAAACCCCCUAAGCAGAAAACUCCACCGAUGGUUGUUCCAGUGAAGGCUAUUAAACAGGAGAGAAUCAUUCCUGAGGGUCAUUUCGAACUCCCUGGGAGCUUUCCCAGCCCUCCUCAGACACUAAACCCUCAGAAGAGACCAGAGGAUCGAGUGCAGCCAGAGGAUCCUGGUAAUUUUGACCUCGUAAAGAUGUUUGGAAAGCUCCCAGAGCCCCUCCAGUCUCUGGGUUCGACCAAUGGAAAAGGUGACCUCAAACAGGUGAAAUCCUUCGACACUGAUCAUCACAUCCUGACGAAUGGAAUGGACUUGGAAACUAAAACAGAUCUCGAUCAGUUGAUCCUGGACAGACUGGAUUCAGGAUUAAAAACUGAGUACUUGAGUCCUAUGAAGUCAGCUCAAGGUAUCUCAGCACUUCUCCAAGAGCCCCUGGCACCAAUGCCUUCAUUACUCCAGUCAUCGGACUCUGGUACAUUCAGUCAACCUCUCAGCCAGAGCCAGUACUCAGAAUCCCUCCAGAAUUCAGUGCCUGAGCAAGUGAAAGAGGAAAUUUACACGUCAACUGUCGAUAUAUCCGCUCUAUCAGGACCUGUACAGCCUGCACUUCCUGAUGUGACAGGUGUCCCCCCCCAAAAUCCUCAACAGUCAGAGAAAAAAUCAGAGCAUCAUAAGAGUGAGAAAAAGAAGAAGAAGGAUAAGCACAAGCAUAAGGACAAGGACAGGCAUAAACACAAGCAUAAAGAGAAGGACAAGGAGAAGAAAGACAAGGAGAAGAAGGACAAGGAGAAGACCAAGGUGCUGGAGGAGAACAACUCCACUAUUCCCAUCAAGAUCACAAUACCUAAGGACAAGUUGAAUCUGUCUAAUGAUAAUUCUUCCCAGGAGAGGAAGAGUCCUAGUGCAACAAAGCUAACUCUCAAAAUACCGAAGGAAAGAUUACAGCCAGGAACUACUGUUCAGACUGUUGCUAAGGAUGCUCAGGGCUCCUUGAAGAUUAAAAUCAGAACUUCGGGGGCAGGGGUAGAGUUUCCUGAGUCAAGGAAGAGGGAGAGGGAGAGGGAAUCAGGGGGGGAUCCUGGUCCUGCCAGCAAGAAGAGUGCUGCUGGACAACAGAGGACGACUGAGAGACAGAAUGGGAGGCAUUACGGAACUACAAGCAAUAAGGAGAAGCACACGAGAGAACACAAGAGUUCGAGUAAGUUGUCACAGUCCCAGCAAUCACACACUACGUAGUAUCGAGACGAGGAGGGACUACUUAACCCCUAGGGUUUUUCCGUUUUUUAUUGUUUAGAGAGGAAAAUUAAAACUAUUCCUUUUUUACAGUUGAGAAAGGACGUGUUGGGAGUGGGGAGUGAGUGGUGUUUAUAGGUUUUCUUGAGUAUUUAGGGGAGAAAAAACGGUUUUCAAUGCUGAAAGCUUGUUUUUUUGUUUUUAGUUGUGGGUCGGAAUGAAAAAAAAACUACUAAAAUGCGGCUAGAACUUUGAAUCAUAAAUUCUCAGUCAAAAAUGAAUGGGAAAAUUUGAAAGAUACUUAGGAAAUUUGUUCAUUUUCUAAAAACCGCAUAAAGUGAGAUGAGGGUGACCCGAAGAGAAUAAAAAAGAGGAUUAUUUAUUCUCUUCAGAUCACCGUCAAAUCGUUUCGUCGAGUUAUUGAAAAAGAAUAAAAUUUUCAAGUUAUUAUCGUUCACGUUUCUUUUCAUCAUUUCAGUAGAUUUUCUUACUUCCAAAGACUGUUAACCGGGCAAAUAACCCUCAACUAAAAAAAAAACUAUCCUCUAAUAUGAAAUGAAAAUUGUAUGAAAACAGAUCUCAAACAAAGCAAAAUGGUUCGUGAAAUUUUGAAUAAAAGCCAAAAGUAGCUCCACUCCUUCAUUCAUAAAAUUAUCCUGCACUAGAGCUCAACUUCUUAACUCCGCGUUCUCUCAUCCCCAAGGCAAGAGAUAAUAAUGUAUACGCAUCUUUCCAUUCAGUACUGGAGUGUUAAAAAUUCAUUUUUUUUUUUUCUGAAUAUCCUAAGAUAUUUCGAAAAAAACUGAUUCGUCACAAAAUGAAACAGAUCUUUUCCUUGUUUCAUCACUUCAUUGCAAUUCGUAUCGAAGGAUUAAAUAAACUCAGAACACGUUAGUUCAGAGGAAUCUGUGUACAACUCCAUUGGGACACACGAGAGUGAGACGAUAGGUCAAAGUUAUUCAAAUAAUUUAUUUAUCCAUUCGUAAAUUAUCCUAAUUUCAUUAAUUGAAUCGUAAUUUUUUCCAUGUAAAUAGUUUGAAAAUCACUUUCUUUGAAUCUUCAACAGUAAUCUGCAUUUCUCUCCCUGCCCCCCCCCCCCCCC